AUGCGUGGGCUUUUCACUCUUUCCAUGCUCUCUGCGGCGCUGGGCGCCUCCGCAGCCCUGACGGCUUCCAACCUGAAGACCUACGUUGAUGUGCUGGCACUCAACAGCUCCUUCAACCCCAUCAUCCCCGCCUACUGGACCGACUACCCCCACCACCGUCGCACUCCCUUCGCCCUCUCCCCCAACGGAAAGACUGCCUACCUCGCCUACCUGGACGCCAGCGGGACUGACAUCCACGUUGCCGAGCUCGACCCGACCACCUUCGAGGCCACCAGCACCGUGACCGUCAGCGGCGGAAAGGAGGCCGGCGGUCUCGUCGCCCACGACGAUGGAUUCGCGUUGUUGACCAACGAGGUCAUGCCCUCCAGCACCACCGAUGCUCCCCCCAGCGACACCCCCGUCCCGGUCCUGCACCGCUACACCAACGGGGAAGCGACCUGGAAGACCUGGCUGGGUGGCCCUGGCGUCCACGCCGACGAUGGCCUCGCCGCCGCGACCGACAUGAACGGCGACCUCGUCUUCUCCGAAGCCGCCGGAUACUACGGGGCCUACUUCGUCGUCUCCGACUACACCGGCGACGCGUCCGGCCACUUCGGGGACAGCAUCGAGUACGUCUCCACCAACGGAACGCUGGUCCAGAUCUCCGGGGCCUCCAGCGACUGGGGCUGCAGUCACAACACGGGCAUCGCGUUCGAGGCGGCCGACGAGCCCCCCUACGCCAGUAUCUGCGCCGAGGACCAGGGCGACAUCUGGCUCAACACCAAGACCCAGGGCAUGACCAACGACGGCGUCAAAAUCUCCAACGAGAACACCACCAACGGUGCCUCCAACGAGGCCAUGGGCGGAAUGUCCGGCAGUUACAGCGGCCUGGCCCGCUUCGCCGAAAGCACCAACUACAUCUUCACCUGGGUGUCCCGCGGCUCCAUCGACCUGACCGAGAACACCUGGAUGGGCGACGGCUACACCAACUCCCAGAACCGCACCAACCCCCGCAACGUCGCCCUGGCCCUGUUCACCGACAAGUACACCAAGGUCGGCGCCCAGGCCACCUCCGAGGUCGGUGCCAAGAGCGGUGAUAGCCAGAUCACCUGGGUCACCUCCGGCGACAACGACUGCUCCAACGCCCACGUCGCCACCUUCGGCAACUCCUCUGCCCUGAUCACCUGGGAGGAGAUCUCCGACCCGGACUGCCCCUACAUCGCCAUGGGCUGUGCCGGUGAGUUCGCCGGUACGUACUUCCAACAGGUCGACGGCAGCGGCAACAAGCUGGGCGACGCGUUCAAGAGCGACGACAUCUACGUUGCCGGUGACAUGGUCACCAUGACCGACGGCCGCAUCUGCUGGCCCUACGUCAGCAUGGAGUGGGAUCUGUCCCAGCCCGUGUGGAGCACCGACACCUCCAAGUACACCAAACAGAUCAGCUUUGCCUGCAUGGACCCCAGCGGCAGCUCCUCCUCCUCCUCCUCCUCCUCCUCCUCCUCCUCCAACUCGACCACUUCCGUCGCGUCCAGCAGUUCCGCUGCCGUGUCCGCUGCUGUCACCCACGCUGUGGCCAGCUCGUCCGUCCCUGCUGCUGCUGCUACUGCCGAGACCAGCGUCGUCGCCGUCGUUGCCGCGCAGGCCAACUCCGCCUCGUACGUCCAGACGAGCGUGGCUGUCGCUGUCGUCGCCACCCCUGCUCCGUUCUCUGUCCCCGCCUCCUUCUCCGCUGCUGGUGCCGGUGCUGGUGCCUUCCCCACCACCUUCUUGACCCAGCAGCAGGGCCAGACCCCUGGCGCUCAGGCUCAGCCCACCCAGGGGGUUGGCAAGCAAGGCAAGGGCCAAGGAAAGGGCCACAAGGGUCAGGGUCAGGGUAAGAGUUACGGCUCUGAGAAGUACAACCCCUCUUCCGAGGAACGCUGCCCCUUUUAAGCAUCCAUGGGUAGUCGGACCGUGAUGGGC